UACAGCACAGCAUAGUCCAAGUUUCCAAAUGUCACUCGAUCCAAACCCUAUAUAAAUCAGCGCAGAAGAUGAUCCCGACUCUCGCCGAUCCGCUUCGACUCAACGAGUUUCGCUCUUCACUCAUCGUUUAGGUUGCUAAUAACAGAGUGCUGCUUGAGAGAGAGAGAGAGAGAGAGAGUUUAACUCGGUCUGCAAUGGAGUCACCUUCACCAUCACCGGUGCCGAGAAAGCGAGGCAGACCGAGGAAAGAGAAGCCCAAGGAGGAGAGAGAAAGAGAAGAGAGUGUUGCAGAGAAGAUGAGAGAGAAAGCCGAGAAGAAGCCUCAACAACAACAACAAUCCCCCAUUGAUGAUAAGUAUAGCCAGUGGAAAUCUCUCGUCCCUGUCCUCUACGAUUGGCUUGCCAAUCACAACCUUGUCUGGCCCUCUCUCUCCUGCCGGUGGGGUCCACAACUCGAGCAAGGGAAAUUCAGGAAUUGUCAACGUCUCUACCUGUCUGAGCAGACUGAUGGCAGUGUUCCAAAUACUCUGGUCAUAUCAAAUUGUGAAGUUGUCAAAUCUAGGGUUGCAGCUGCAGAGCACAUAGCACAGUUCAAUGAAGAAGCACGCUCACCAUUUGUGAAGAAGUACAAAACUAUCAUACAUCCUGGAGAGGUGAACAGAAUCAGGGAACUUCCACAGAACAAAAAUAUAUUAGCAACCCAUACUGACUGCCCUGAAGUUCUCAUUUGGGAUGUUGAAGCACAACCUAACCGUCAAGCUGUCCUUGGAGCUGCUGAUUCUCAUCCAGAUUUGGUAUUGACCGGACAUCAAGAGAAUGCAGAAUUUGCUCUUGCUAUGUGCCCUACUGAGCCUUUAGUGCUCUCUGGAGGGAAGGACAAAUAUGUUCUUUUGUGGAGUAUUCAAGAUCAUGUAUCAACAUUGACCUCAGAUGCAGCCACCAGGCCUACAGGAUCUUCUGGGGCAAUCAUUAAAGCUACCGAUAACCCUUCCAUUGGGCCGCGUGGGAUCUUUCAGGGGCAUGAAGACACAAUUGAAGAUGUCCAGUUUUGUCCAUCGAGUGUGCAGGAGUUUUGUAGUGUAGGCGAUGAUUCUUGCCUAAUAUUAUGGGAUGCACGAAUUGGCUCUAGCCCAGUUGUCAAGGUUGAAAAAGCUCACAAUGCUGAUCUUCAUUGUGUUGACUGGAACCCCCAUGAUGAAAACCUAAUUCUAACUGGGUCUGCAGAUCAAUCUGUUUGCAUGUUUGAUCGCCGAAGUCUAACUUCUGGUGGAGUAGGAUCACCUGUCCAUAAGUUUGAAGGUCACAAAGCUGCUGUUCUCUGUGUGCAGUGGUCACCGGACAGGUCAUCCGUCUUUGGGAGUUCUGCGGAGGAUGGUUUCUUAAAUAUUUGGGAUUACGAGAAGGUUGGUAAAAAGAAGGAAGGUGGAGCAAGUGCACCAAAUUCUCCUCCAGGAUUGUUUUUCCGACAUGCUGGGCACAGAGACAAAGUUGUUGACUUCCACUGGAACGCAGCUGAUCCAUGGACAGUUGUUAGCGUAUCUGAUGACUGUGAUACCAACGGUGGAGGUGGAACACUACAGAUAUGGCGCAUGAGCGAUUUGAUUUACAGGCCUCAAGAGGAUGUUUUGGCUGAGCUCGAGAAGUUCAAAUCACAUGUCGUCGAAUGCGCUCCAAAGUCUUGAAUGCAUGCAGGACGUGCCAAUCGUAUUUCUUUAUUUCUUAGCUCUAACACAAUUUUUAUAUAUUUUUUUCUUUUUUUUAUUAGGAAAAAAAAUGUUGAUAUGAAUCAGUGACAAUAGUUUAGACUAAUUUUAGCUGUUUCAGAUGCUGGAAAAUAUGAAUCGAGUAUUGUUGGAUAGCUUAUCUAUAUUGUUGGGCUCAUUUACCUAACCGUUUAAGUUUUUAGAAUAACUGAUGACUUGACAUGACAUGAGAGCUCUGGCUGGGGUGUUUUUGAGUUUAAGUCUCACUGUUUUGCAUUUAAUCCCCGUUUGUAUAA